UUUAACAUGGUAUUUGGCAGUGAUGGUGAUGUUACAUUGAGAAACCCCAAUCUUGCAGACUUUUACCUGAUAAAGACAAAGAUUUCUGCGACCCAAUUGUAUUGUUCCAACUUCCAAGGCACAAAGAUUCUUACUUCAAGAGAUCAUGUGAAAUUGAUUGGUGGGACACUUUUCUUGCACUACAAAAAUAGCAAACAAAGUUGUCACCGGUGGCUUUUUUGUUUUGGCCUAUGCUCAAAAGGUGAGGUCCAAGUUCUCUGUUACUUUUCCAUCUCACAACAAUGGGAAGGUGAAAAAGUUCCCAUCAUAAACUUCUUGAUUACAUAUUUCGGGUUUGUCAAACCAAAGAAAAACUCGAGUUUUAGGCACAAAUCAAUAGCAAAGUACAAAACCAGAAUAGCUUAGUGUUAUUUAUUGUUCUUCCCAUUUGAAAAAGUGUCAGUGUAGUCGUGUUUUGAUCUGAGCAACCUGGCUACGUGGUUUUGAGUUCUGGGAGACUGUCAAAUCUCAUGGUGAGAGGGUGGUUUGAGGAAUGAUGGAUUUCUGGCCAGAAUUUCUUGCAAGCAGUUCCGGAAAAGAGUUUGUAGCUGGUGGUUUUGGAGGCAUCGCUGGUAUAAUUGCAGGUUAUCCACUUGACACACUUCGCAUCAGAUUGCAGAACACAAAAAAUGGCUCUGCUUUCACCAUCUUUAAGCACAUGGUGUUAAGGGAAGGAACAGCUUCUUUGUACCGCGGCAUGGCCGCACCGUUAGUCUCUGUUACUUUUCAGAAUGCAAUGGUUUUCCAAACGUACGCGGUUCUGUCAAGGGCAUGUGACCCAUCUGUUUCUCCUAAAGACCCUGCUUCCUAUAAGGGUGUUGCAUUGGGAGGAACUGGUACAGGAGCACUUCAGAGUCUGUUACUUUCCCCUGUAGAGUUGAUCAAAAUUCGACUUCAGCUGCAGAAAGAAAGCCAGAUGACAGAAUCCAUAAAGGGUCCUAUAAGGCUCGCUAAAAACAUUUGGAGAAAAGAAGGCCUUCGAGGCAUUUAUCGAGGACUUGGUGUGACUGUGAUGAGGGAUGGACCCUCUCAUGGUUUAUACUUCUGGACAUAUGAAUACAUGAGGGAACAACUUCACCCUGGUUGCAGAAAAAGUGGUGAAGAAAGUUUGAAGACUAUGUUAGUAGCAGGAGGAACAGCAGGGGUGGCUAGCUGGAUCAGUUGCUACCCUUUGGAUGUUGUAAAGAGUAGAUUACAGGCUCAAACACCCUCUUCUUUAAAGUACAAAGGCAUCGUAGAUUGUUUCAGAAAGAGUGUUCAUGAAGAAGGAUACAGUGUGCUAUGGCGGGGUUUAGGAACUGCAGUUACCAGAGCUUUCAUAGUCAAUGGCGCCAUAUUCUCUGCUUAUGAGAUUGCACUAAGAUUACUGUUUCACAACGGAAAUAUUCAUACGAAAGAAACUAUUUAGGAGAAACAACAAUAACACCAUGUGAUAUUCAACAACCAUUACAAGAUGCAAUUCACAGAUAUUCUAUUUGUAAUGUUAUUCAUCAGUUAAAACUUUGUCUCCAAAAGACAAAUGUUAUAAUUGAAUACACAUCAUUUACCAAUUCAAUAGAAGGAAGUGUUCAUCUCUUCA